CUCCGCUGUAGGGUCCCCACUUUCUCUUCUUCACGUGACUGCAAGCUCCGACAUGGGCAAAAAAGUUGGAGCUCCAACAAGCCCGUCGCGAUCACGACACGCAAAGCAGCUUUCGGGGGUUGUGUGCAAACAAACCAGAGAAAAAGCGACAGCACAACCACCCACUGCCAUGUUUGCCCGCAGCAGCGGCCGGGCGUUAGUCCGCGCCAUCGACGCAUCCUCCCAGACCUCGAUACCGAGCUUCCUCAUUCCCGCCCUCCACCGUCCCUUCUCCGCAUCGACGGCCAACCAGUCCAAGCUCGGCCGGACGCCCAUAUCGAUACCACCCGGCGUCGAGCUCACCGUCAGUGAGCCGUGGCUCAAGAAGGAUGCGACCAACUACAAGAAGAUCUACAAGAAGACCGUCACUGUCGAGGGUCCCUUGGGCAAGCAGAGCUUAGAGGUGCCUGCGUUCGUCAACUUUGACCACGAUGCCGACUCGAGGAAAACGAUGCUGAGCAUCGAAAACAAGGAGGAGAAGAACCAGCGCGAGAUGUGGGGCACAACGUGGGCGUAUGUUCAGCGUUACAUAAUAGGCGUCUCAGAAGGCCACACGGCGGUCCUGCGCAUGGUGGGAAUUGGAUACCGAGCGACCGUCGAGGACCGUCCCGAGAAGGAGGAAUACCCCGGCCAGAAGUUUGUGUGUCUCAAGCUCGGCUUUUCGCACCCGGUCGAACUUGGUCUGCCGCUUGGGAUGAAGGCCAGCACUCCCCAGCCAACGCGUAUCCUGCUCGAGGGUAUCAAUAGGGAGGAGGUCAUGUCGUUCGCCGCCGAGUGCCGCAAGUGGCGUGUACCGGAACCGUACAAGGGCAAGGGGAUCUUUGUUAACGACGAGACCAUCAAACUGAAGCAAAAGAAGGUCAAAUAGAGAUCGGGCGACCAGUCUGUGUGGUGCAUUGUAUACUAUGGCUUGGGGACGAAGAUAUAUUGGAGCAGAAAGCUCCGUGUACCACUACCACUUUUGGUGCAUAUAUGGCUGGGCUUCUUGUUGUACACCAUUGUUAUAUAACAGCGUUCAGAUGAUCUCUAAUGUUUCCUUUCCUAGCGUCCGAUCCCAG